GGCGGGAGGAAGUAUCUAUAUCUAUAUAUAUCUAAAGGAUGUGUAACUAUGUAAAGCAUAUGUAUACCAAUCAAUUUCUCCACUUCUAGUUUUCAAUUAAAAAAUAAAAAAAUAAAAACUUCUUCCACUUGUCUGACUUCGUUCUGUCUGAUCAGAGGAAGGAACAAUGGACCUCUUUAUGGCCAUUCUUUGGACUAUCUUUCCAUUGUGUUUGAUAUGGAUCAUAUCUUUUGCAUCAAGAGGAGGCAAGAAUCUUCCUCCCGGACCGAAACCGUUGCCGAUCAUCGGAAACCUCCAUUUAAUAGGCGAACUUCCUCACAAGUCACUGGCAAAACUCGCCAAAGUUCAUGGCCCUGUUAUGAGCAUAAAGCUGGGCAAAGUAACAGCUGUUGUGAUUUCUUCUUCAGCAGCCGCAAAACAGGUCCUCCAAAAACAAGAUUCGUAAUUUUCCAACAGAGCAGUGACUGAUUCGUUUCGUGCGAAUGAUCAUUGCGAAUAUUCCGUUACUUUGUUGCCUAAUGCCUCCAAAUUGAGAAUCAGACUCCGUAGAAUCAUGAAUUCUUACAUCUUCUCAGCCAGCCGACUUGAUGCCAAUCAAAAACUCAGGUCCAAAAAGGUACAAGACCUUAUUGGAUACUGCAAAAUCAGUUGUGAAUCAGGGGAGGCAGUGGAUAUUAGGCGAGCUGGCUUUACAACUUCCCUCAACACUCUGUCUAAUAUCUUCUUCUCCGAAGAUUUGACCCACCCUUCGGCUGAUUCAGCAAGAGAAUUCGAAGCUAUUAUGUCGGAUUUCGCCGCGGAUGCCGGUGGGCCUAACUUGGUUGAUUACUUCCCCAUACUUAGGAAGUUUGAUCCCCAGGGUGUUAGGCGUCGUAUGACUGUUCAUUUCCGCAAGAUGCUUGACAUUUUUCAUGCUCUGGUCAACCAAAGGUUGAAGAACAGGAAAUCUGGUGGCAACACCAUGGACGUUUUAGAUGGCCUGAUUGCUUUAAGUGAAGAACAUCCAGAGGAUAUUGACGUAGAUUUGAUCCAGCGUCUAUUCCUGGACUUACUUGCAGCAGGCACAGAUACUACUUCGAGUACACUUGAGUGGGCAAUGGCGGAAUUGCUCAAAAAUCCACGGAUCUUGCAACGAGUCCAAGCGGAGCUUGCUGAAGUAGUCGGCAGAGGGAAGCCGAUAGAGGAAACUGAUGUGCCUCGAUUGCCUUACUUGCAAUGUGUCGUGAAAGAAACUCUACGACUACAUCCAGCAGUACCGCUGUUGCUUCCCCGCACAGUGGAGCUAGAUGUUGAGCUGUUUGGCUACAUUGUGCCUAAGGGAUCAAUAGUUUUAGUGAAUGCAUGGGCGAUCGCUACUGACGAGACACUUUGGGAGGAACCAUUGCUUUUUAAGCCCGAAAGGUUCACAAAAUCCAAAUUGGAUGUUAAGGGACAGGAUUUUGAGCUGAUUCCUUUUGGUGCCGGGCGAAGGAUUUGUCCUGGAAUGUCAUUGGCAUUAAGGACCAUCCCGUUAGUACUGGGUUCGAUGGUGAAUAUGUUUGACUGGAAACUUGAAGGCGGCAUUGCGCCUGAAGAAUUUGAUAUGGGAGAGAAUUUUCACGUUACAAUGCAUAAGGCAGAGCCCUUACGAGCUACCCCGUAUGCGCACCAAACAAAUGAAAGGAAAUUUGAAAAUAAGCAGCCGUCAUCAGAAUAUGCAGCGGCAAAGCAGAAAACUCGGCUACCAACUGGAAGCCGGAGCGAGAAAAUCGAAUUGGCAAGAAUUAGGAAUUGA